ACAAGCACUUGUAUGAGCAGCAGAAGGAGGGGGUGCUCAGUCAGGAUCCAGCAGCAGCUCUGUCUGACCCCAGUCUCAUAUUACUGCUGCUCAUCAUCCUGCUGUUGUAGUUCCCUGCACUCCUGGCACUGCUUCUUCCCCACACAAUAGCAGCCCCUUCCUCCUAUUGGUGAGCGCUGAGCACACACGGUAGCAGUGUGGCAGCAACAGUGGCCCGCACACACAGAGGGGCUCCCUGCGCCGGACACUCUGCCCCAGCUCCUGCACUCUCCCCGAACUCCUGCACUCUCCGGAGAUGGGAUCUAUACUGAGCAGCGAUGGGAGCAGAGACCACAAGUCUCACGCAACUGAAGACCCAAACCCGAGCUAUGACUGUGCGGUGUGCCUGGAGGUCCUGAACCGGCCGACGAGGACUCGUUGCGGGCAUGUGUUUUGUCACACUUGUAUAAAAGCUAGCCUGAGGAAUAAUGCGUAUGCAUGUCCUUACUGCCGGACCCACCUAUCAUCUGAAGGAACACUUGCUGUGGACAUUGUAAAGAAGAUGAAAACUGUGUUUCAAAAUUGUGAAGAGUGUGAGAAAAAGGUAUGCCUAAGUGAAAUGAGAUCACACUUAAACAUGUGCCAGCAAUACAUUACAAAAUACGGCCCUCUAGAAGAGAUGGGGAAAAUACCAUGCAGAGCGGAGAGAUAUGCCUGUCCCUUCUGUCCAGUGGAACUAGAGGAAGAUGAUUUUGUACAGCAUUGCUUCAUCUACCACAGUGCAGAGAACAGACUGGUGGUGUGUCCAAUUUGUCACAUGAUGCCAGGAGGAGAUUCCAGUUAUACAUCAAGUUUCCUUAAGCAUCUUCAUGCCAGGCACUCAAUAUACUAUGAAAACUACAUAGACAUAAACAUAGUGGAGGAGGCUCUUAUUGAAAGAGUUCUAGAUCUGUCAUUGAUACACUACAUGAGACAUUCAGACAGAUCCUAAACACCAACAAGACGGACAAGUUAAACAAGAUUGUGUUCAGAGUUGCUGAUAUAUUUUGUGCGUUCACAAAAGAAGACAUUUAUUCUUUACACAUGUGAUUAAGAGAUACCACAAAGAGACUAGUGGCUGCACUGUUACACUAUAAUCAGGCACUUCUGAUUUGUGAUCAGAAUAUUACUUGAUCUUUUAUUAAUGUUAAACCUCUGGUAACUGGUUGCUGCUCUGCAGCAGAUACAGGCAAACUGUCGCUGUCCAGCUGUUGUGGAACUACAAGUCUCUGGCAGUGCAUGCUUGGACAUGUAGUUCCACAGAAGCUGCAGAGGCACCAUUUCCUUAAUUUUACAGAUUUUACUUAAAUGUUUCUAUCACUAACAAAUAGCAAAUCACCCAAGUGGCCUGUUAGUUGCUCAGUCCCCAGAUCAUAGUGGAUGAGCUACUGAUUCAUCACUCUGUAGUCCGUACAACGCAAGUGGCGCAGUCAGGAAAAGGAGCAGACUGGAGAUGGAUAUACAGUAAGGAAAAGGAGCCGACUGGAGAUGGAUAUACAGUAAGGAAAAGGAGCUGACUGGAGAUUGUUAUACAGUAACAAAAAGGAGCUGACUGGAGAUUGAUAUACUGUAACGAAAAAGAGCUGACUGGAGAUGGAUGUACAGUAAGGAAAAGGAGCUGACUGGAAAUGAGAGGCAGUUUUAUUAAGCCUGGUGAAGUGAUAAAGUGGAAGGUGAUGACGCACCAACCAGUCAGCUCCUAACCGUAAUUUUUCAAACCCAGCCUGUAACAUGAAAGUUAGCAGCUGAUUGGCUGGUGCUUUAUCACCUUCCACUUUAUCACUUCACCAGGCUUAAUUAGUAUGCCCCUCAGUGUAACAGUAAACUGACUGAAAGUUGAUAAGGAAAUAACUAUUGCUGUGAGGUUGGGGUGCAGAAGAGAAAAAGGGGACGGGGCUGAGCAGAGGCUACAUCAAUAAUAGUGUCUUUUUACACCAUUUAAAUUUUAUAGUUUAUACCUCAUAUCAAUUGCCACUUGUUUCAUGAAGACAAGAAUCUAAUAACUUUCAUUGUACUUAGGGAAUAGUUUGUAUUAAACACUCGCCGCCAGGACCGUGUAAGGUGUCGGAAGGGAGGUCUUUUUAGUAUGGAGUAGGGCGAUAGAAGAAAGAUGGGAGGACACCCUUUGCAUUGUGGAAGCUAACUCAGGACUUCAUAUGUGAACCAAGCCGACCAUGUUCCGUUGGACUUGUUAGAAUAGUCAUGUAAAGGGUAUCUAAACCCUUAUUGAUGACUGCAGAGGUAAAUCAGCACUUUACCAGUCAGCUGUCAUUAGACAUUUGGCACCAUUAGACAUUUAAUAUGUGUUGAAUAAGUCUCUCAGUAUGCCAAGGUGAUUGCACAUGGGAGUAGGGUGUAAGAAAGGCAGGUUGUUGAAUAUUCUUAUUCCCAUAACUGGAUGGAUAAGAUUAGGAACUCCACGCCAAAAUCUAUCCUAAGAUAGUUACACCUAGUAUGAGACCACAACCUUCAGCCAUUACUGGACAAUGGGGCAGAUGUAUUAUCCAGAAGGCAUAAGGA